AUGCGUCAUCUGUCUAUCAAAUCCUGCCACGCACACAAGAGCACAUCAUGACUUCUGUGUUAUGUAUUUACUUAUUUCUCGUUCUGCAUCUGCAAGUGGCGUCCCGCUAUUUUGCAGUAGCAGCGGACGUAAAUGAUGAGGUAAAAGUAGACGUUUUGUUCAUGCCAGAAAAUUGUUCGCAGAAGAGUGGGAAAGGGGAUUUGGUAAAUGCUCACUACGAUGGAUACCUGGCUAAGGACGGAUCAAAGUUCUAUUGCAGUCGAUCAGUCAAAGAUGGACACCCUCAAUGGUUUGUUUUGGGUAUUGGGCAAGUAUUAAAGGGCCUCGACGUUGGAUUGAUGGGAAUGUGUCCUGGAGAGAAACGAAAACUUACAGUGCCACCCUCAUUAGCGUUUGGAGCGAAAGGCAAAGCUCCCGUUCCACCUAAUGCGACGGUAAUCUUCGAAGUGGAGCUCUACUCUGUGUCCCGAGGUCCACGUACCUUGGAGGCCUUCAAAGAGAUGGAUCAAGACCAAGAUGACAGUCUUACGGAAGUGGAGAUAAGACAAUACCUGAAGUCACAAGAUUUGAAAAACGAAGGCAAAACUAAAGAAGAGACCUUCUACGAUGGUGUUGUUAAGGAUGUACUUCGUAGGAAUGACGCCGACAGAGAUGGGACGUUAUCUGUGAAAGAGUAUAAUGUCUAUGGACAUGAUGAACUCUAGCAUCCAUCAAAACUGCUCCAGUUUUUAACUGAGUCUUUAAUGUUGUUGUUCCAAUGAAAAUACCACUGUUGCUGCA